AUGCAAUUCUCGGCCAUCUCUAUCAUGGCCGUAGCCCUGCUUUCGGGCCAAACCCUCGCAAGUUGCGGAGAAGGAACCUUUAACGGCAAAUACAACGGGUACAAGCGAAUCUCAAACUGCAACCUCAACGCAAACAACGUCUACUUCUGCGGAGACUCUGGCACAUCCGUCGUCCACAAGCAAAGUCAGCUUGUACUUCGCGCUGGAAAGGUCGAUUCGACAGUCUUGGUCAACUGUAACGGGUACGGCUUCUUGUACCACUGUUCAGCCGGCGAAGAAGGCCGGUUCAGGGAGCCGCAGUGUAAGGGCGCGGUUUGGGAGGUUGAGAACAUCAAGGAGACUUGA